CGCGCCGUUUUCUAAUACUAACCGACCGACGCGACCGCGCCGCGCGCACCAGCGGCCGGCCACCGGCUCCUCCUACGGGGGCCUGCACCCGCAGGCACCUCGCUUCCUUGGAUCACUCGCUCUCGCCAGCUGCGGCACACGCCUGCGCGCUCCUGUUUCUCUCCUUGCUCCGGCUCGCCAGGGCAUUGACUUUGCCGAGAGCGAGGUGCGUGGGUGGCGAUGGACGCGGCGGCGGGCGCGCCCACCACCGGCAUGCUGCCGCCGGACGCGUCCCCGCCGCCGUACCCGGGGCAGGCCUCGGCGUUCCCGAUCGCCAUCGGGUUCAUGGUCACCUCGCUCCUCCUCAUCAGCUACUACUUCCUCGUCGUCAGCUGCUGGCUCCGCGGCGGCGGCGGGCCCGGGUCCGGGCUGCUCCACCGCUCGCACCGCGGCGAGGACCUGGUGGAGCGCGUCUCCGCCGUCUUCUUCACCGACUACGAGGCCGAGCUGCCCGCCGGGCUCAACCCGGACCUCGUCGCCGCGCUGCCCGUCGUCAGGUGCACUCCCUCCAGCAUUAGCAGCUGAUGUUAUCCUCCAGUCGCUCCCUCCAAGUUAUGAGGGGUUCAUCAUGAAUUUUCAUAUGAAUAGCAUAUGAAUAGCAUGGACAAAACGCUGACUGAGUUGCAUGGGAUGCUAAAGACAGCUGAGGAAAGCAUCAAGAAAAGUUCCAAUCAUGUGAUGAUGGUUCAAAACGAUAAGGAUAAGAAGAGGAAGCGAUGGCCGUCUAAGGUGAAAGCUAAAGGAAAGGUUCCUGCAGCUGAGACCUCAAAGACUAAGCCUGCUGUGAAGGCCAAGUCUGGCCCCUCUCCUGAUGAUGAAUGGUUCCACUGCAAGGGUAAGGGGCAUUGGUCAAGAAAUUGCAAGAAGUACUUGGAAGAUAAGAAAAAGAAGGGAGGUUCGACUUCCGCUUCAGGGCCUAACAAGGAUUAGAAGAUUCGCAAGAGGCGAGCUGGACAUGCGAGUCGGCAAUGGAGCAAAGGUUGCUGUGUUGGCGGUCGGCACUUAUCACCUGUCGCUACCCUCGGGCUUAUUUUUGGAAUUAAAUAAUUGUUAUUGCAUUCCUGCUUUGAGUAAGAACAUUAUCUCUUCCUUAUGUUUGGAGGAAGUUGAUGGUUAUGAGGUUGUAAUAAAGAACAAACGUUGUUCUAUUUAUUAUAAUGGUUUGCUUUA